AAAUAGUUUUGUCUAUUCACUUAAAUAUAAAUAUGAAAUGUCAUUUUUAGUUUUCAUUAAUUUAUUUGAAUUCUAAACAUACACAAUAUUGUAUUAAAAAUAAAAUAAAAAUUAGUUUAAAAAAUCCUCUAUAUCAAGACCAUGGACUCGCAUGCCAAAAAUGUUUGUCUGAUUGGCGUUUUACACAUCUUGAGUUAUAUAGUGUUUGCUUUGGAACCUCUAAUAAAAGCCAUACGAAUAAUAAAUUCUAAAGAAAAUGAACACAAUCUUAUUUUGUAUUUUGCUGUGUUUGGAUUUUAUGUUUUAGUGACCAUUUUAGCGGGUUUGAUGAUGCGAGGUGUGGUUAAGCAACGUCAUUUACUAGUGGCUCCCUUCUUAAUCUUUAUCAUUCUUGUAUUGGCCGCCUGUAUAAUUAUGUUUUUAAUCGAAGAGUUUCAAGGAGCAUUUUACUUUAUAGAAGAUUCUUUUUAUCCAAUAGCUGUACAAAUCCUAAUUCUCUAUCCCAUUUACACUUUGUUUGUGAAGCUUCGCAAAAAGUCCCUAAAAGAAAAAUCCCUGGCCAAGUCAACCGAGCUUUUAAAGCAAACAUGAUAUAAAUAUUAUAAUAAUACGUAUAAUGUCUUUUGUAAUUA